AUGUCCAGAAGCAGUUAUGAUCGUUAUUUGACGAUCUUCUCUCCCGAUGGACGACUAUAUCAAGUAGAAUAUGCUUUCAAGGCGAUCAACACUUCAGGUUUCACCUCGAUCGCAUUACGUGGAAAAGAUUGUGCGGUAGUAUGUACUCAACGUAAAAUACCCGAUAAACUACUAGAUCCAACAUCAGUUUCACAUAUUUUCAAAUUAACGGCUGAAAUUGGAUGUAUAGUUACCGGUCGUAUUGCCGAUGCUCGUGCUCAAGUCAUGCGUGCUCGUUCAGAAGCAGCAGAAUUCAAAUACAAAUAUGGUUAUGCAAUCACCCCAGACCUUUUGGCAAAACGAAUGGCAAACAUCAAUCAAGUUUACACUCAACGUGCUGCCAUGAGACCGUUGGGAAUUAACAUGAUGAUCAUCGGUUUGGACUCGGAUCCUGAACGUGGACCACAGGUAUUCAAAGUGGACCCGGCAGGAUACUAUGUCGGCUUCCGUGCAACUGCAGCAGGUGUCAAACAAGCUGAAGCAAUCAAUUACCUAGAAAAGCAAUUCAAGAAAGCAAGAACAUCUUCCUCUACUUAUUCCUUACCCGACGAAGCAGCAAGUGAAGCAGAACAAAUCUCUAAACAUCUUUCAGAGAAUGACGUUUUGGAAUUGGCCGUAACAACGCUUUCAACCGUACUAGCACAAGACUUGAAGAGCUCGGAGAUCGAAAUUGGAAUCAUCGGAGGAGAUAAAUCGCUCAACCUAAGCGAUCAAUCAGAUCAAGCAAAGGCUCAAAGGCGUUUCCGUACAUUGAGCGAGGAGGAGAUCACGGCUGUAUUGGACCGUAUCGCUGAGCGUGAUUGAUCUGUAGAAAGUAGAAGAAUUGUUUUCAAUAUCAUCAUGGUUUCUUCUAGUCACGAGUGAUUAAGUUCAUCCGAUACAAUUUGAAUGAUCAUGCAAUGAAGAUAGCUAAAUGAAGAAAAAAGCAUGUUAAAGCAAUACAAGAGU